CUUAAACAUUGUCUUUUAGAGGAGUAUUACAUUGCAUCUCAUUCUUCAUUUAUCAAAAUGUUUGUCUUCGCGGAGGCGUAGUGUAGAUAUAAAAAACGGGUGCAAUAGAGGUAAUAUUGAGUCGAGUUUGACUUUUGGUAAUGACAAUGAAAGUUUGUGUUAUGGAAAACCAGAAAGAAACAGAGGAAGAAGAAACAGAACAAGAACAGAGUUUAUUACUGCUACAAGGGAAGAACGACGCCGUUUCGCUCGAUUUGAGUUUGGGCUGCCGGGAUUCGGCGGCGGGCGGUUGUCGGGCGUCGUCGCCGGGGAGUACCGACGAUGCCGCCGCCGAUCGCCGCGUUUUCUCGUGCAACUACUGCCAGAGAAAGUUCUACAGCUCCCAGGCGCUCGGAGGCCACCAGAAUGCUCACAAGCGGGAGCGGACGUUGGCCAAGAGAGGGCAGAGUACGGCGGCGGUGGCUGCCGCCGCCGCCGCCGCCUUCGGGUACAACUCCGCCGUUUCUCUUCCCCUGUAUGGCUCGGCCUACAGUAAUCGAUCGCUUGUUGGGAUUCAUCACGUGCAUUCAACGAUCCAUAAGCCCGGAAGUUAUUUCGGAUCGCCGGCGUCUUUUGUCGGGUCACCGUCGUCUCAGAGCUUCUACGGCGGCUAUAAUGCAUGGCCCAGAGCGCCGGAGGGAUACCAUGCAAGUACGACGGCGACGAAGCUUGGGUCAUCGACGGCGAGCGCUGCGCCGCUCAGGUUUGAUCUAGCAGUCCACAUGGCCUCUGCCGGAGAUGGACGGAGGAUGGAUGGCGGCCGCAACGCCGCCGGCGGUUCUAAUUCCAAAUCUCAGCAAGAAGUGUUAAAGUUAGAUUUAGACUUGUCACUAAAACUAUAGGUGAAAUAGCGAAUACUCCGUAUUUUUCUUUUACUCCGGGUAUUUUUAUUAUUGUCACUUCCAUUCAAAAUAAAAGUCAAUUUACAAU